AGUGAUUGUAGUUCUGCAAAUCCAUUGUCACGCCAAAAACAUAUGAUUCAUCAAGACCAAGUUCAAAUCCCAUCUGGGACCAACGGGGUUCCUACAACCCCUGUUGAUCCAAACCUUGAUAUCUCUGAUCCGAAUGCAAACGCUCGGUUUCCAUUACAACUUGUUCAGGAACCUGGUUAUAUGUCACAGCAACCCCAAUUUGAUCAACAGUUGCAGCAGCAGCAGCAACAACAACUAGUUCAAGAUUCUAGUUAUACAUUGCAGCAACCCCAUUUUGAUCAUCAGUUGCAGCAGCAACAACUAGUUCAGGAUUCUAGUUAUAUACUGCAGCAACCUCAAUUUGAUCAACGGUUGCAGCAGCAACAAGAACAACAGCAGCAGCAGAGAUAACAUCAACAACUUCAGGAUUCUGUUUAUAUAUUGUCGCAACCCCAAUUUGAUCAACAGUUGCGACAACCAUCUCCACCACAAUUCUUACAUACUGGUGCAACACAUUAUAUUCAUCAACACCCUGUUGGGGUUGCUCCAAUCUCAGCUUAUUACCGUGUACAUCAUUCCCAACAACAACAUCAUGCUCAAAUUUAUUAGAAAUAUCCCAUCUAUUAUGUGCCGACAGGGCAAGGCCAAGCUUACAACUUUCAUGUCCAGCAACUUAGUACGAAUGAAGGCACUAAUGCAAUCCCAUCUAGCCAUUCACAGACCCCUCCCAAUCUGACAGUCAACCAUCUGAGAAGUGCUCCUAUUUCCAAUCCUGAAAUGGCUGCUGCUGCAAGAGCAUUCGGAACAUCAGCUACCGGUACUCCGCAACUGGUUCAAGUCCCAAACAAUCAGCAACAGUAUGUCCAUUACUCUCAGAUUCAUCGUUCAUCACAAUCUGUUGCACCUACCUCUGCCAUGCCUGCCAUGUAUGCUUAUGAUUUCACAGAUCCUGCUAAUUCUCAGAUGUACUCCACUCAGCAUCUGGCACCCACUAUGCCUUCUCAUUUCCAAACCAUGACAGGUGCCACUGCAGUAGUUUUGCCAGAUUCAUCUGCUCAACGUUCGACAGAUAACGUCAAUCAACAGAUCAAGACUUCACGGCCAAUGUAAAUCAAGUCAAGUAGAAAGCAACAACAAUUUUGAAAGAAGGGUUUGGUUUAUAGCUUUAAUUUCUGUUUUAAUGUCUGCUUUGUUAGCGGUACUGGUUUUCUGAUAUGAAUUUUUGAAGGAUAAUAAGGAACUCUGAUGGUAUUUUUCUA